AUCAAAACAGAGAGACUCGUUGCAAAAUCAAAAGCUCACAAUUGAUGCAAGUAAGCACGGUAUCCAAACAUGUCGAAUGGUCAAUGUUCUCCACCUAACUACUUCACUAAAAGUCGUUACACUAUCCUCACAAAAUAGAAUGUUGCUAAUGGAGUUUGCUCAUUCAAAGCACAUCAAGUCAGUCAAAACAUCAAGUUCAUUGUGAAGAACUUUGCAAUUCAACACUAGUGGGGUGAUUUUGAUGAUUUCCUUCAAGCACAACUCAUUUUCAAGGCAUCACGGUCAUUUACAUCAUGUUACCAGGUGCUAUUUUUGGAUUUUUUUUUUUAAAAUAGUGCUAUUUCUGGAAAAAUCCCUUAAACCAGUCGUGUCGGCCCUACCUGUUUAUGCAAUGUCAUGUUUUCGACUUCCAUAGGAGCUCUGUCGGGCUUUAAAUCGUAUGAUUGCACGGUUUUGGUGGGGUCAACAAGGGACUGAAAGACAUUUUCCUUGGGUAUCUUGGAGAAAUCUGUGUAAACCAAAAGGGGAUGGUGGUUUGGGCUUCAGGGAUUUUGAGGCUUUUAAUCAAGCGCUGCUUGCCAAGCAAUGCUGGCACAUUUUACAAGAUCUCAAUUCUCUAGUUUUGCGGGUCUUAAAAGGACGAUACUUUCAUCAUACGAGUUUCUUGAAUGCCGGUGUGGGUUCUAAUUCAUCUUGGGCAUGACAAUCACUUCUUCAUGGCCGGGCAUUGCUAAUCCGCGGUUUGCAUUGGGAGGUUGGUGCUGGUUCUUCAAUUGUGCUUUGACGGAUCCUUGGGUUCCAACUCUCCCAAGUUUUGGACCAGUGGUGCUGCCCACUCCAGAUCAGUAUCCUCGAUUACUCUCCUACUUCAUCUCUCCCAUUCAUCGUUCUUGGGACCAUCACCGACUUGGAGAGUCCUUCACGCCGGAUUCCAUUAGGAUUAUCAUUCGCAUACCUUUGCCACGAAUCUUUUGCCCGGAUAAAUUAAUUUGGCAUUUUGAUCCACAUGGUUUAUUUACGGUUAAGUCAGCUUAUCAGUUGGCGACUAUUUUUCCUCCCAUCUCACGGGCUCGUGGUACAGUGGACUAGGCUUCUCCUCUUGAUCCUACUUUAUGGCCUCGACUUUGGGGUCUUCCUCUUGCUCCCAAAUUGAAGCUUUUCCUUUGGCGGAUUUUACUAAGAACCCUUCCGGUUAGGAAGGAUCUUGCCCGACAUGGGGUGUAGGUAGAAGAUUCAUGCCAUGUUUGUGGUUCGGAUGAGGGAGAAUCGCUGGAACAUUUAUUCCUUGCGUGUCGUGUGGCGGUAGCUUUCCGCCAACGGUGUAGCUUACAACUGCCUCCGGGAAUUUUUCCAAACACGCAUUAAUCUUUUUAAGACACAUCAUUCUCAAAUCCGAUCAUGCCACCAUAAUUAAUUGGGUCCUCUAUUUUUGGCGGAUUUGGAAAGGGCGGAAUAAUGUUGUCUUUCCACCCUAUGCACAAUUUACCACGGCUGCCUUGUACCGUCACCUAUUAUCUCAUCAUGCCUCUCAUCAAAUUGCCGUCCUUCCCACUCAGUCGCCUCCGCCGCCACCCACACCUCAGUCACAUCCUCAUUCGACGCUUCAAUCUACUUUCUGCUUUGCAGUUGAUGGGGCGACCAGUGCUCCGACUCAUGGCGCAAUUGGCGUGGUGGGUUUUGAUCAGAAUGUGCCAGUUUUUGCAAUGGGUGGUUUCUUCCCAUGCCUUUUUCAUCCUAAGAUCAUGGAGGCGUUGGCAAUUAGAGAAGCACUAUUAUUACUUCCACAAUGGUAGUGGCAGGAUCGACCAGUCGUGAUCACAAGUGAUGCUCUUGUAGUUGUACAACAUUUGACGACUUCUGAUGCCAACAAUGCCCUUGUGGGAGCUAUCUUACGAGAAGUCAUCUUUAUGUUACAAGAACUGCCGCUAGUUUCUGUUGCUUUUACUCUUAGAGAAGCGAAUCGGGUUGCCCAAGUUGUGGCACGUAAUGCCUUAUGCUACUCUGACUCUUGUAGUGUUCGUUUCAAUUGUUCUUAUUUACUUUGACGAUCAUUUCACAAAAAAGUCGUUACAUUGUGACUAUCUCGUGCUUAACUAGUUAAUCCGCAAGGAUUUCUAUGAAAAAAAAAAUAACAAAGAAAAUAACAAAACCAUAAACUGCGUCUCACCCUCAUGCAGACACACUCCGUAGAUAUCUUCCACUCGUUCAAUGGCGCAAACGACCAGAAAAGUAUAAAACCUUAUCUUUUUCCUCCUCCUUUCUCCAUCGUCCCUUCGCCGGUUGGUGCCACUCUAAUGGCUUCCACUCACAUUCCCUCCCUCUCAUCACUGAUCCCUCUUCUUCAAUCCAACAGUUUCUGCAGCAAACCACCACUACCAGUCUUCACCCUGAUGGCACAAAAGAGUCAAAACCCACCAGCAAUCAGACCGAUCAACUGCACCAGCACCAGCAACGGCGCCGGCGCCGGCGCCGCAGCAAACUCAGAGCCCAACGACACCUCCCUCGACAACGCAACCACAACAGCCAACGGCUCGCUCCCGGAACCCGCACUUCCCUUCUCCACGACCCUAAACAACAGCAACUUCCCCAUCGAGAAGCGGCGGAGGUCCGAGAUCCUCAGGGAGAGAAGGAAGAGCCAGAGCGAUCUGCUGAAGCCGGACGGGCCGCCGCCGAACUACGAGGUCGGAUGGAGGAGGACGAAAGAGAUCAAGGUGGAGAAACCAGUAGGGUACAUGAUAAUGGAUUUCCUGGAGAAGCUGGAAGGGCUAAUGGAGAGGGAGUUUGGUUCCACUCAGCUGCUGGCGAAGGUCGGGGAGAUAGUGGCAGAGAGGGCAAGGGAAGAGGCCGAGUUGCUCAAGGAUGAAGGCAAAGUGGAAGAGAGGAUGGUCACUGAGCUGUUCAGAGUUUUGAGGCUGAUGGAGAUGGAUUUGGCCAUGGUGAAAGCUGCUGUGAAGGAGGAGACUCUGGAGGAGAGGCUGGAGCAGGCUAAAGCUAGGUGCAGGCAGGCUAUUCUUGUUGCCAAUUCCUUUUGAUACAUGUGCUUGCUUUUUCAUGUAAAGAAAACCUUGAUCAUGGGGGAGACCAAAUGAUUCAUGUUAAGAGUAGGGAUUUGGUUAUAAUAAACAACACAACAGAGA